GCCGCCAGAAGUCUGCAUGCCGCAACUAAGACCCAGCACAGCCAAAAUAAUUUAUAUAAAUAAAUAACUAUUUAAAAAUAAAGAAAGAAAGAAGCAGUGGUUCUCCCCAGAGGUGGCUCCCUGAAGUCUGGCCUUCAGGGGUCUGCUAUAAGAAGAACAGGAUUACAGCUGAGCCCCCUUACUAGGCUAAGGAGAGCGGAGUGGUGCUCUUCCUGGGUUUAGUGUUGCAUGGCAUGCGGGAUCUUAGUUUCCCCACCGGGGAUCAAACUUGCGCCCCCUGCAGUGGAAGCGGGGAGUGUUAACCGCUGGACUGCCAGGGAAGUCCCUGCAUAUACAUUCUUGCACACAAUUCAGGGGCUCAUGAAUCCCCAGAAGUGCGUCCUUGGUUCCUGAGUCUUAUGAGAAUCUCUCCUUUAGACCUGGAGUCUGAACCUCUGCCAGGGCACUGCCUGCCAGGAACAGAUGAUUCAGCUCACUUUUCAAGGAGGAAACUGCUCCAUCAGAGCAACUGCAGGACUCUGCCUGCCCUCCCAGCCCAGGCAGGAAUCUGGGCUUGACCCCCAGAUUGGCCCUGCUGAACCCAGAGGCUGAUCUUGGGAUGAACCUCCCAGAAGCGGGAGUCUCCUCUCUCCCUACCUCUGAGAGGAAAUCCAGUAAAUCUGUGUCCAGCCUCAGCUGUCAUCCCUUUCCUCCACUUCCCUUCUGUUCCCCUCGCUGGGUCAGCUUGUGCUGGAAGGCUCUACAAAGGGAGCACCCUAAAAGUAACCCAUGUGUUGGGAAGUGAGCGUCAGACAAAGUCUGGACAUCAGCUGUGCUUCCUUCUUUUGCCUGUGUCCCCGGUGGCAGCAGCGUCAGAGGGAACUGCCAGAGCUAACAGAUGACUGGAGGGGAGGAGGGGCAGCCGCCAGCUUCCAGGGGCUGCGCUUGCAGCCUCCCUGCCUCAGGCACACACGCUGGUUGCCCUCCACACCUUCAGGUGCGCAGUCCUCCUGUAGGUCCUACUGGUAGCCCAGAACCUGGUGAGAAGCCAGCUGACCCCCGCUCCUGUCCAGGCACUCUAUUUACCCAGCUGAUCCAACUCAACGCUUCCCACUAUAUGGCCUGGUGCAGCCUCAGUUGUGAGGGGAGAAAUGAAACGAGCCCCAGCCCUUACCUGCAGGCCUCUAGCCCCGGACCCGGCUCUCUGCAGUGCUGCAGUGGCGGCCCGCUCUGCCUGGAGCUCAACCAGUCGGCCUCGGGGGAAAAUCUCCUGCCAAGGCAGAAAGCUGUGGCCGAGUGCCCCGAGGGCUUGGACUUCUGUGAGCUGAAACGGUCCAGCUCAGGCUACACUGCAGGGCGCAGCCAGGCCUGCGUGACAGGGACGCCCAGGUGUCACAGGGCUGUGGCUCAGCCCUGUUACCAGGAGUGCUGCCAAGCCUCAGCCUCAGGCAGCUGCCUCCAGCUGGAUGAGAACCUCCACUUCAACGGGGCCGCACCAGGGGCCACAAGGAGCCCCCUGCCCUGGACCCCGGCUGGCGCUCUGCUGCUGUUCCUUCACUCAGCAGUCAGGGAGCGGCAGGCAGGAAGGUCCCAUAGGCCCUGCAAGUCCCCAGGCCCACCCCCAGCUCUGAUUCCUGCCCUGGGAGGGGAGCUCUGGCCCCAUGACUUCCAGGACCGAGGGCUGGGCCUUGCAGACUGGCUGACCGUCGUGUGGCGUGGGGGCUUCUGGGAAAUGUAG